AUGGAGGACAACGGUGCCGACGCCGCCGCUGCUCCUGCGACGAGCAUGCUGCCCGCCGAGAAGCACGCGGCGAUCCCUGACACCGCCGCGGCGGCAGCUACGAACGGUAGCGCCGGCGAGGAGAACAAGGUGGAGGAGGAUGCGCCGCCGCCGGCAUUAUUGCCCUGCGGGCCCAGGAAGACGGGGCUCCAUCUUUUCGUCAUGAACAUCAGGAGCGUCUUCAAGCUCGACGACCUCGGAUCGGAGGUGCUGCGCAUUGCAGUGCCUGCGUCGCUUGCUUUGGCGGCCGAUCCGCUCGCCUCCUUGGUGGACACAGCGUUCAUCGGCCGUUUAGGUUCGGUGGAGAUUGCCGCUGUUGGUGUUUCAAUCGCCAUAUUUAACCAGGUCUCGAAAGUCUGUAUCUACCCUCUUGUCAGCGUGACAACAUCAUUUGUCGCGGAGGAAGAUGCUAUCAUCAGUAAAGCUAUUGAAGAAAACAGCAGCCGAGACCUGGAGAAAGCUUCCCAUGUGGACUCAGAAACCAACAAUUUGCCUGUAUCUGGUCCUGAUAUGGCAGAAUGCGUGAACUCAUGUAUCCCCACAGAGUGUACAGAUCUCUCCAACCAACGGUGCAAGAAGAGGUACAUACCAUCGGUCACCUCAGCACUGAUAGUUGGUUCAAUUCUCGGACUGCUUCAGGCCGUCUUCCUGGUUUUUUCAGCAAAAUUUGUACUAAACAUCAUGGGUGUUAAAUCUGGAUCCCCGAUGCAAAAACCUGCAGUUCGCUACCUAACAAUAAGAUCUCUUGGUGCCCCUGCUGUGCUAUUGUCUCUGGCCAUGCAAGGGGUCUUCCGGGGAUUCAAGGACACUAAGACACCAUUAUAUGCUACUGUGGUCGGGGACGCGGCGAACAUCAUACUAGACCCAAUUUUGAUGUUUGUUUGCCAUAUGGGCGUCACUGGUGCAGCUAUUGCUCAUGUUGUUUCUCAGUACCUGAUAACAUUGAUAUUGCUGUGCCGGCUCGUCCAGCAAGUUGAUGUUAUCCCGCCUAGCAUUAAGUCUCUGAAAUUCGGGCGAUUUCUUGGAUGUGGAUUCCUACUGCUCGCAAGGGUUGUUGCGGUGACGUUCUGCGUCACGCUGGCGGCGUCCUGGCUGCUCGCCAUGGACCAACCAUCAUGGCAGGCUUCCAAAUCUGCUGCAGUGCUUGCAAGUGCGUUCGCCAAGAAUGACAACAAGAAGGUUGUUGCCGCCACAUCUCGUGUGUUGCAGCUGAGCAUUGUCCUGGGCAUGGGUCUCACUGUCGUGCUGGGACUUGCUAUGAGGUUCGGGGCUGGCAUUUUCACAAGCGACUUGCCCGUGAUCGAAGUCAUUCACAAAGGCAUCCCGUUUGUCGCCGGCACACAGACCAUCAACUCCCUGGCCUUCGUGUUUGAUGGCAUCAACUUUGGAGCAUCAGACUACACAUACUCUGCUUACUCCAUGGUUGCCGUUGCGUCCGUGUCGAUACCUUGCCUGGUGUACCUUUCUGCGCAUAACGGAUUCAUCGGUAUAUGGAUCGCAUUGACGAUCUACAUGAGCCUGAGGACCAUAGCUAGCACCUGGAGGAUGGGGGCAGCGAGGGGACCAUGGAAGUUUCUCCGGAAGUGA